CCUCCUGCUCAUCACCUGCGCAUCAUUCACCAUGGCGAGCACCAUCGCCGCGCUCCUGACCGACUGCUGGCAGAUCAAUAGUAAGGGUUCGGUGAUGCUGAGCACGCGCUGCCGGGGGCUCUGGAGGGAAUGUGUCUGGGACCGCUUCGUGAAGAUCUGGACUUGUGACGCCUUCAGCUCCUAUCUGAACCCACAUCCAGCCACCAUCGUCCUCACCAGAGCUCUAAUCAUCGUCUCCAGUAUCAUCAGCGUCUUCGCCUUCGUCUUCCUCAUCCUCGGAUUGAAGAACUUUAUCUGGUGCCGAGACCCAAGCGCCAAUCUUCAGUGCCUGCGUCUGGCCUCUGGGCUCUACUUCCUAGUCGGAAUGUCGUCCUCGGCUGCCAUCAUAAGAUACUGCAUCUAUGUAUAUCAUGUUCACCAGUACGAGGUUUCCCUAAAAAUCCCAGGAUUCCCUAGUUUUGAGUACGGUUACUCUCUUUGGAUGGCUGUCGGUGGUAAUUUGGGGGCGGUCACUAUGGCUGCCAUAACCUGUCACCAGGGUGUUCACCAUAAGAAUCCGACAGUGAAAGAAGGAAAAACCGAGAGCCGACAAUCUGAGUGUCCGGAUGUCCUGAAGACGUAUGUUUAAUGUCACUAACGUAGAAACAUAACACGAAACGUUUGGGCAGAAUAGAUGGGCAGCAUGGUUCUUUUCUGCCGAUACAGUAUAAGGUUCUAUGGUUCUUUUCUGCCGAUACAGUAUAAGGUUCUAUGGUUCUUUUCUGCCGAUACAGUAUAAGGUUCUAUGGUUCUUAUCUGCCGAUACAGUAUAUAGUUCUAUG